GCAUUUUCCAAGUGUCAUCUGGCUCGAUUUGGCACAGGUACCCCACUGAGCACCCUACUACAAGAUACUACUAUGCAUGCCGUUUCGCAUAAUCAGGCAAAGACAGAUCCCGACCAACAAGCGAUCGCCCAGUCCUCCGAGGGUCAUGAUAAUGGAACCGAUACCAUUUCCGCACUUCAGCAAGCCAAAGCGAAACUCGCCAAGAAUUCGACGAAUCUAGAACAGCUGAGGCAGCUUUUGCUUGGCCAAGUUGACCCUGCUUCCCUUCCAAAGCGCAACGUUAACACGAAUGCUGACGACACCGACUGGCCGUCUUUAUUGCGCGCUCGUGACGAGGAAUUGAAUCACAUUCGUGAAAAACUGAAACAAGCAGAAGAAGCAUUUCAGGUGUUGAAGGAAACCACGGACGAAGACCGACAUCGACUAAUGACGUGUCAUCGCAUGGAAGUGAAUCAACUGCAUCAGCAACUGGAGGCUUUUCAGACAUACAAACAACGAGCGACGGAGCUCGAUGCGGAAAAUAAGGAGUUGCACGCGCAAGUUCAGGAACUGGUUGAUUUAUAUAACGAAUUGGAAGAACGGCACGCUCGAGAAAUGCAACGCAAAGUGCAACUGGAUUUAUUGGUUCGCGAGAACGGGGAAGAGCUAAAACGCGUCACCGAUCACGCCAUGGAUCGCGAACAGCAAAUGGAAUCCAUGACAAGAAAAGUAGAAAAACUCCAACAUCACAUAUCAUAUUUGCAAAAAAUCAUGAAGAAAAAGGAUCGUGAAGAACGGUCGGAAAACUCUGAUAUACGAAGCGAGCGUUUCGGUUUCGGCAAUUUGCGGAACCUCUCCAAGUUGCAUAUUGCAGAACCUCGUCCACUCUCUUUUGCUCAGCUGUUCUCCGAAAAGCCGUACGAUGAAAGUAAAGUAAAAUCUUGGAUAGAAAAAGUAGAAACACCACCCAUGACGACCUCUUAUGAAAAAUCGCGAAGAACAUCCCAUCAUCGGCAGUCGCCCCUGAAAACCGAUCAUUCUCGUCACGACCAACAGCAGCCAUCCUCACACUCUCCCGCUAAUCGAAACACUGCACAAUACGACGUGGAAAAAAACAGAGACGCAAGUCAAAAUAGGCUGUCCUCCUCCCGAAUGUCAGAACAACGCCCAUCCUCUCGAUCUUCGAUCCCACUAUCACAUAGCGCACAGCAAAGACUCGAUGCAGUAGCUGAAACGCAUCAAGACAAUCUGAGCAAAAAGUUGGAAACGUGUCAACAGCGUCUCAAAGAUAAAGCGCUGCAGUGCCGUGAACAAGAAGAUGUCAUACGACGGUUGAACGAACAUAUCCAAUUAUUACAACAACAAUCUUCAGACUAUCGAGCCAUCAACACAGAAAGGGAGUCCAAAGUUGUGGAUCUUUUGCAAGAAUCCAUACAGUUAAUAGAGGAAAAUGCAAGGUUGAAAUCGGAUAUUGGCAGCUUGUCAGAUGGCUAAAAGAUUACCGUUGUUAUAUAUUUCACUGCAAAAUCUAUACAUUCUGUAUUUGUCUCUCAGACAUUGUAUUCUCGAAAAUUCCUUGUUCAAUGGAUUACAGAUUCCUGCUUAUUGUGCUGAUGAAAGAACCCGCGUCCCCCAUCCAGAGUAGCCUCAACCUUGUCCUGCAUCGCUGUCUAAAC